AAUAAAAUAUUCAUCUCUACCAUUAACAACUUUUAAUGACACACACAACCGCAACAGUCCUGGACCCCCAGUCGCUGUUUGUGCUUGGCACCAUUGGCACUAUCAGUCUGGGCACACUCGCAUGGUUAGCCAGGAACCAUCUUUUUACAUCAACCAAGUCCCCCAUCAGGUCCACUGGCCAGGUGGAAUCUACUAAGAAGCAGACUCCUGUUGCAGCUCCUAAGAAGAGCCGUAACUUUGUGGAAGUCAUGCAGCAGCAGAGCCGUCGCGUGAUCGUCUUCUAUGGCUCUCAAACCGGAACUGCUGAAGACUAUGCCUCACGUAUUGCUAAGGAAUGUACUCAAAAGUACAAUGUCAAUGCUAUGACCGCUGAUCUGGAAGAAUAUGACAUGGAGCAUUUGGAUGAGCUUCCCACUGACAAAUUGGCCAUCUUUGUCUUGGCCACCUAUGGUGAAGGCGAACCUACCGAUAACGCUGUACCUUUUUGGGAUUUCAUUAACCAAGAGGAAACCCCCCAGUUUUCUCAAGCCGAUUCCGCAGAAGACCUUAGCCAACCUCUCAAGAAUUUGAGAUAUAUCGGUUUUGGUUUGGGCAACAAGACGUAUGAGCACUUCAAUGAAGCCAUUCGAGUAGUUGACAAGAAGCUUACAGCUUUUGGUGCUACAAGAAUUGGCGAAUGUGGUGAAGGUGACGAUGAUGGAAGUUUGGAAGAAGACUUCAUGGCCUGGCAAGAAGCGAUGUGGCCUGCCUUCUGUGAGGUCAUGGAAGUUUCGGAGACAGCCAUUGGAGAGGCGGAACGAACAGCUACCUAUCACACUCAAGAAAUAGAAUUUGUCAGUGAAACGGAUCUUUAUUUGGGUGAACUUGGAGAUAAAACACAAUCAAAUUACGACGCCAAGAAGCCUUUCCCUGCCUUGAUUCAAUCCCGCGACUUGUUUACGAGCUCAGACCGUCACUGCCUUCACUUGGAUAUUGAUAUCACCGGAUCUGGACUUCGAUAUCUCACUGGCGAUCAUAUCGCGAUCUGGCCUACCAACUCUGAAACCGAAGUCAGCCGCUUGGUAAAGGCUAUUGGUUUGAUCGACAAACUUGACGUUGCCGUCAAGGUCGAAGCGAUCGAUCCCGCUGCCCCCAAAAAGUACCCAUUCCCUGUUCCCACCACCUACAGGUCCAUCUUCCGUCAUUAUCUUGACAUCGCUACGCCUCCUCCACGACCUGUUUUGGGUGCCAUCGCUCAAUAUGCCACUUCCGAAGCAACCAAGUCAAAGCUGGAGAGCCUUGCUUCUGAUAAGGAUCUUUACAAAAGUGAAGUCGUAGAAUCAUGCAAGAAUCUUGGCGAGGUUUUGGAGUCCAUUGAUAGUACACCUGGUGCUUUUGCCGAUGUUCCUUUCGAUCUUAUCGUCGAGAGUUUGAGUCGUCUUCAGCCACGCUACUAUUCCAUCUCCUCAUCCUCCUUGGAAAGCCCCAACACCAUCACAGUGACAGCUGUCACCCUCAAAUAUACUCCAGAAUCAACGCCCGAUCGCACUGUUUACGGUGUCGCUACCAACUAUCUGUGGGCCAUGCACCAAGCUGCUCAUCCCGAGAUUCAGAAUGUUGAAAGCGGCCCAGAAUACUAUACUAAGGGUCCUCGUGAUACUUAUUUGAACCAGGACGGUGUCAAGGUCCCUGUUCAUGUACGCAAGUCUAACUUUAAGUUGCCUCGCAACCCAAGUGUUCCCGUUAUCCUUGUUGGUCCUGGAACUGGUGUUGCACCUCAUCGUGCUUUCGUUCGCGAAAGAGCUUUCCAAAAGCGCAACGGCAAAGACGUUGGCAAAACAUUGUUGUUCUUCGGCUGCCGACGUUCUGACGAAGACUAUUUGUACAAAGAUGAAUGGCCUGAAUUGUUUGAUACUCUCGGUGGCGAGUCCCGUAUCAUCAAUGCCUUCUCUCGUGAAACUGAUAAGAAGGUCUAUGUCCAAGAUCGACUUCGUGAAAACGGUUCCGAAGUCUGGGAUAUGCUUGACAAGCAACAUGCAUACAUCUACGUCUGUGGCGACGCCAAGAGAAUGGCCAAGGAUGUGCAAACUGCAUUCAUAGAAUUUGCCCAGCAAUUCGGUGGAAAAUCAACCGAAGAGGCAGAACAAUACGUUAAGGACCUGCGAAGCAAGGGCCGUUACCAAGAAGACGUAUGGGCGUAAAUGUCGUGUCGAUGACUCCCCCUCCCCUUCUCCUAUCUCGCAUCCUCGCAUAUAUUUGAUUUCCAGCAUGCAGCACGUAUAUCCUUUAGAAUUUGGCUCAAUUUUAGAGCGUUUGUUUUCUAGAUUUGUCAAACUUG